AUGAUCUUGAAGUUACUGGUUCUUUUAAUAUUUGUCUCUCUUUUGAGCAAAACCUGUUGCAGUUCACCAGCAAAACCACUAUUGAGGUUCGACGAGGAAAAUGGCAAGUUCAGCGUCAGCGAGGACGCUCUGCGCGAGAUACAAACAUUGAAAGGGCCCGUGAGAAUUGUUGGAGCCAUUGGCGACGCACGCGUUGGUAAGUCCACGAAUUUGAACUUUAUCAGGUAUUUCCUUGAAGGACAGCGAAAUCAAAGAGUUGAGAAAGUUUUUAACACGAGCGAUGGCAUGAGACCAUGUACGACGGGAGUGUGGAUGUCUGUGUCGCGUGAUUCAAAUGGCGAAGGAAGCACGAUUUUACUCGACACGGAAGGAACUAACUUAGGCGACAACGAAAACACAGAUUUGCUCAGCAUCUUCACCAUGAUGAUGUCUUCCGGUUUGGCUCUCUUUGCCAGGGAAGGAGUACAAAAUCAUAAUGUGCAGUUUUUGUACCGUGUUUCGCGCUUGAGCGAACAGAUUUGGAAAGAUGAUGCAGAGAGCAUCAAGGCGUUUCCACAACUACUGGUGAUCAUAAGAAAUGCACUUGCACCAUCCCAAGGUGAAACUUUGCAGAGCCAAGUUCAAGAUUCUAUACUUGAUGGAAAUUACGGAAAAACCAUUGCAAAGCACUUUCCUCGAAUUAACAUUAAGGUUCGAGACAUUCCCUUCGUGGACUCGAAACGACUGCGUAACUUAGAAAAAUUUCCGAGUGAUGAUUACGCAAAUGUCGCAUCCUCUCUAGCCUCUGAUUUAAGAAGCUUUCCUUUAAAAAAGACAAUUCAUGGAGCAAACAUGGACGGAGCAAUGAUCGCUUCUUUCGCUAAAAGGCUUGAGAUUGCUCUCAAUCAAAAUUCAUGGAGUGGAUUUUCAAAUGCAUAUACCGCCCUCGAAACGGAAUUGUGCGACCGUUCUUACCAAAACAUAAUUGAACCUUUUCUGAGAAAUAAUUUGAAUCACGUGAAGAAUAGGAGACAGCAAAUUAUCGAUGAGUUCGCCGAAAAAUGUGCUCUGGGAACGGAAAGAACGAAAAUCACAGAUAAACUAGAUGAAGUUAUAGCCCAAAAAGAAGAAAUGGCAGAAAGAGAGAGACGCCUUGAUGAGGAACGGAGGAGAAAAGAAGAAGAGGAGAAAAUGGAAAGGGAAAGGGAGGAACAGCGCCGCAGAGAAGCUCGUGAGAAAGAAAAGAGAUUAGAGGAAGGGAGAAGGGCAAGAGCGAAAGCAGAGGAAGAACGAAGAAUCCAAGAAGAAAAAUUGCGUAGGGCUGAAGAAGAGAGGAGAAAGUUGGAAGAAGCUGCAGCUCGAAGAUCGAGAAAGGGAAAGAAAAAGAAAGAAAAGAUAGGAAAAGCUAUUAUUGGGGGUGCGAUCCUAGCUGGGUUUAUCAGCGACUCUCGACUGAAAGAAAACAUCACAGUCGUACCGCAUUCAGAUUUCGAGCAGAUUGGUGUUCGUAGCUACAACUGGGUAUGGUCCAAAGAUGCCGUAGACCUUGGCGUGAGUGGAACAGGGCAUGGGGUCAUCGCUCAGGAAGUGGAGGAAAUGUAUCCGUGGACCGUGGUUACGGGUCACGAUGGGUACAAGAGAGUGGACUACGAAGCCUUGAAACAAAUGGUAAUGGGAAAAAAACAGAUUUCUGUUUGA